AAGACUCGCACAGUGAGGAGUAUCAUGAGGAACUCGGUCGUCAUAACCAUAUUUACAAAUUUUUUUAGCGUUACCGCACGUGUAUGACACACAACACACUGUUGCUUCGACAAUAAUUUUUAGUUCAAUGUCAGUUUGUGUUAAUCAAUCCAACUGUGACAAACUUAUUUCAGUGGCCUAAUUUAGUAUGUCCGCAGUUGGUUUGCUAAAAAAUCUUACGGUUGUAUUUUAAAAGUUUUACGGAGUAAUUUCGAUAUUAAAUCCAUCUAAAAUGGUGUUUACUUGGUCUUGUUUUUUUCUUCGCUUCAUUUUAUGAAAUAUCUAUGCUUUGUUAUUAUUGAACGCUGAGUUUCUGUUCAAGUGUCAGUAUAUUUUGAUAACAUACCGAGAGGCAAGUGGAAUUAUUCGGCCUUGGACAGUUCCAGGUACUUUGGUUUCUGGCACCCUUGAAGAUCCUUAAGCUUGUCGGUACACGAGUCUGCCCAUCAGAGUCUGAGUAUCAACCUCAUCCGUUGAAACGCACAAGAAACGUUAACUUUUUUUUCAUUGCUGAUUCUUAAUUUUGUUAUCAGCAGCUGAACAAUCAUAAGAUGCCAAGCUCUUACCCUUGACUUAUCCAGCUACUUCAUAAAGGUAAACAGAUUUUCAAUAGUUCCUCGAUAUAUAUUUAAGUUAAAACAGCGAGUAUAAAUUAAUCAAGUAUGCUUCGUCAUUUGUUUUGAUAGUCGCUCACAGUUGACACAGUUGAAGCUUUGGUAAAUUAAUUUGUAAAGAAUAUACCUCGAUAUCGAUAUUGAUAACAAUCAUGGACGUAAUAUCACGUAGCUACAAUCAUCACGUACUAGUUAAUAGUAAUAACAAUAGUAAUAGUACUAGCAAUAGUACUAGCAACGACAAUAGCGAAAGUAAUAAUCUAGACGAAUUAGACCUCGAAGAAGAAAUAGACCUCGAUCCCGAUUUUGACGAUGAGGACACUCAGGAUGAGACGCCGGACAGGAGUGAGUCGAUACCCACCAUCACAGAUUCCGAGUCGACGGAAGACAUCAGAAAAUUUCCCUUGCGUCGCAGUUUGUUUCCCUUCGUACCGCCGUAUAUCAUAUUUAAUGCGUUCGAUUCUCCUGGACAUGAGCUACCAUCCUCGCUGGUGAAGCAUCUCAAGUGGAAGCUGAGCUGCAUAACGCCGAUACUGGUAAAAAAAACUGUGAUGAACUCAGGAUUUCGGUUGCUGAAAAAUACCGACGACUGGGUGGCCAUUUGGGGGAAACAGAUGAAGUCAAAUUGCUUUAAGUCGCUGAAGGACCACCAGAAGUUCAAUCAUUUUCCGGGUACAUUCCAGCUCGGGCGUAAAGACCGUCUGUGGCGCAAUCUUAGUAGAUUCAUGAGCAAGUACGGGAAGAAAGAGUUCAACUUUGUACCGCGCACUUACGUGUUGCCCCAGGACUUGCGUAAUUUCCGUCAGGUUUGGGAAAAGAGUGGUGGCAAGGAAAAGUGGAUUAUAAAACCACCGGCUUCAGCGCGUGGAACGGGGAUUCGUGUCGUCCAUCGCUGGUCUCAGAUUCCCAAAAAACGCCCGCUGAUUGUUCAACAGUAUCUGUCAAAGCCUCUUCUAAUCGACGGGGCUAAAUUUGACUUACGUUUGUAUGUUCUUAUUUCGAGCUUAAAUCCUCUGAGGAUAUACAUUUAUCCCGACGGACUGGUGCGUUUUGCCUCUGUUAAGUACAGCGAUGAUAUAAACUACCUCAGCGAUCGUCUCAUGCAUCUAACAAACUACAGUAUUAAUAAAAAUAGCUCAAACUACACGAGUAACGAUUGCGCCGAUUCCUGCAGUGGCCAUAAGUGGACCAUCAAGACUUUGUGGUCGUAUUUGGAGAAGAAAGGCGUCAAUACUCGAAAAAUUUGGACCUCCAUCAAGGACAUUAUGAUCAAAACAAUCAUCUCGACGGAGUCAUCGAUAAACUCAUUGACGAAAAUAAAUACCUCGAAUCGUUAUAACUGUUUUGAGCUAUUUGGCGUGGACAUUUUGCUGGAUGAGACUUACAAGCCUUGGUUGCUAGAGUUCAAUAUAUCACCGUCCUUGCAAUCUUCGUCGGCGCUGGACAUCGCAGUAAAGGGCCCGAUGAUUAAAAAUGUAUUCAAUAUUAUCGGCUAUCGACUGCCAGGUAGUCUCCCAAAACGCGAAAUUAAAAAAUUGAGAUCGUUGUAUGACUAUGAGGAUCUCGUUUGCCAGCUCCCGGUACUUGACAAGUUGGUACUGUCGAAUGAAGAAAAACAAAAGCAGAAUUUGUACAUCAAUUUGGACAGAGAGGAUUACUUGGAUGACAUACUUGAAGAUUUGACACCGGAUGACCUCAGGUGUUUGAUACAUCAUGAAGACGAAAUUAGCCAGACUGAUAAGUUCGAAAGAAUAUUCCCGGCAAAACAUUCGUCUCAUUACUUAGAUUUAUUCGAUGUGCCGAGGUAUUAUAAUAUGUUAAUUGACGCUUGGGAAAACAAGUACGAAGACGAUCGAGAUGAGGGAAUUACUUUGCUCAAAAAACUUUGCCGGGAGAUGAUGCACCUUGAAAGUGAAGCAAUUUGAAGUUUUUUUUUUUAAUGAGAUAGCUAUUUGUAGUCAUUCAAAAUUUUUUUCAACUAUAAUUAUACGAAUUUAAUUAUUUAUACUAAUUCAUCACAUGAAAAAUUUCUAAAAAUUUUUUGUAUUGAAAAUUGAAUGGCUAUAGAUAGUUCUUAUAAAAUGAAUUUGAUAAAAAAUCGAUCACUGAUAAUAACUGAUGUAUUUUUUCGUAUAAGGAACUUUUGUGAUUCAUGUAAGACUUUGUACAAAUUUUCACGUCAUUUCUAUUAGUGUUCAUUAUGACUAUUAUUAUUAAUUAAUAUAAUGACAAAGCCCCUUAUUUCGGGUUUUAGAAAUAAAUACAAACAAGCAAAAGCUCGUGCCUUUUUAGAAAUAAAUUUUAAAUUGUAAUUAAAUUACUUCCUUGAUUAUUAGUAAAAUACGAAAUAUCAUUUAUUAUUACUGUUAAUGAAUAAUAAAUUUUAAUAAGAACAGUAAUUAAUAAAAAUUGAUAAUAACAAUUUUAGAUAAAUCAUUUAUUGUAAUAUUGAUACGUCAAAAUUUAGUUCUAAUUAUUGUAUAAUUUAAACUUGUUUGAUUUUUAAACUAUUGACAACUUUCUGUCGCUAAUUCUUGUCAAAAUUUUAUUUAUUCCCACUAGUACAUUAACUUAAUAAAUAAAUAAAUUAACUUUUGAUAGAAGAAUUUUAAAAUAAAAAAUUUUGAAUAUUAGAUAAAUAAAUUAAUUUUGAUGAGAAAAAAAGUGCGAUAGAAAAUUGUCGAUUAAUUAUAAUUAAGAUAAUUAUCUUAAUUAUUAUUAAAAUGUUAAAAUAAGUAAAAAGUAUAAGUUAAAAAUUGAAUUGUAAAACAAGUACAUAUUUUGGUACUUAAAAAAAUACUCUUUGAUAAAUAAAUAAUUAAAAAU